AUGGCGUCGGACAAUGUAAAAGUGUCGAUCAAGGUGAGACCACUGAUCAAACGGGAAAAGGAUAGCAAACUCUCAUCACAAUGGCGCGUUCGGGAUAAUGCGAUAGCGAUGGUGGACGGCAAUAGCGAUCCUUUCGUGUUCGACCACAUUUUCGGUGAAAAAGUGCCAACGAAACAAUUGUUUGAUACCGUUUGCCGGCCGGUUAUCCAUUCCGCACUGAAGGGCAUUAAUGGUACGAUAUUUGCGUACGGUCAAACGUCGUCGGGCAAAACGUACACCAUGAUCGGUGACGACCAUGAGCCCGGUGUGGUACCGCUGACGGCCCGAGAGAUUUUUGAAGAGAUCAAGCGAAUAAAGGAUCGCCAGUUUCUAAUUCGUGUCGGGUUCAUCGAGAUCUACAACGAGAAGAUACACGAUCUGCUUAACACGGCCAACACGAAUCUGAAGAUAGCGGAGACCUCAUGCGGCGACGUGUCGGUCAACUCAAAGGAAUUCAUCACGAACUGUGCGGAACAGAUUAUUCAGUAUGUCGAUGCGGGCAACAAAGCGCGGAAAAUUGGCGAGACGAACAUGAACGAACGAUCGAGUCGAUCACACACUAUCUUUCGUAUUACGAUCGAAUCGCGCAUCAUCAACACGAGUAGCACGGAGGGUGAGAUGGACAAUGAGGCUGUCCAAAUCGGCAUUCUUAACCUGGUCGAUCUGGCCGGAAGUGAACGAGCGGAUCAGACCGGCGCCACCGGGUCACGGUUCAAGGAGGGAGUGUGCAUAAACCGGAGCCUCCUGUCGCUAAGCUGCGUCAUACAGAAGUUGAGUGAAAACUCCGACAAACAGUUCAUCAACUAUCGCGACUCGAAGCUGACCCGCAUCCUUCAGGCGUCGCUCGGUGGGAACGCGAUCACGUCGAUGAUCUGCAACAUUACGCCGGCGGUGAUCGACGAAACGUAUUACACACUCAGCUUCGCGAUGCGCGCCAAAAGCAUAAAGAACAAACCGAAGGUGAACGAAAUCCUUACCGAUGCGGCAAUGAUGAAGCGACUGGAGCGCGAAAUCAAACGAUUGCAGAGUGAGCUUCGCUCGGAGCAGCACAAGAACAGCAAGAUCAAGACGAUGGAGCUGCAGAACGCGAUCAUACUGCGAACAAAUCAGUUCAUCAACUCGCAACAACCGCAAUCAAUGAUGACCGAUAGUUCCCGCCGGCGUACCUGGUGCCCGUCGACCACCGAACAGCAGCGCAACUCACUACAAAAACAGUCCUCCGAAACGGUGUGCGAAACUCCUAACAUAAUGGGUCCCCCGUCGUGCAGGGGCCUUUCCGGUGACGCUACAAAGGUCACGCUUUCAGCUUACGAUGACUUCAGUCCGGCACUAGCACUUCCCGUGAACGAUGUUUGUCAAAUCGACUACCAGGGAUUGUUAAACCAUCAUGAUCUGUUGGCACGCAAAAUGGCACGCUCCAUCUCACCGACCAGCAAUGGGCUGGUCAAUCCGUUCAGUGCCACCGAAGGCGACGAGUUCGUCCCCGGUGAGCAGAUCAGCUUCGGACACACCUCGCUGUCGCCGUUCUCCAAUGUGAAGCGUGAUUUGCACACACCGACUUGCCUCCGCAAGCAACGGCGAUCGUCCACGGGUGAUUCACCGACCCAUGACGACUACGAAGCGAGGUACCGGGCACUGGAACAGGAGCUCACGGAGCUGCAAGAGUUUACCAAGCUAGAAAAUAUCACCGAACUCCAGAGACUGAAAGCGGAUCUGGCCACCAGUGAGGAACAGGUAGGCUCACUCCGGAACGAGAUCGAUGCUAAGGACCAGCAAAUGGAGCAGCUGGACGAAAGGUGCACCCAUUUUGAGAUCGAGCUGAAAGACCACAAGAGUCGGGUGAUGAAAGCGGAAGAGGAACUCUCCCGGGCGCGGAAGGAGCGGCAAAGUGCAAUGAAGGAGGCAGAAAUGCAUCGCAAUCAGAACACGGGCAUCGAGUACGAGUAUGAACGGUUCCGGCAGCGAGCGGAAGCACGAGAGAAGGAACUGAUCGAAUCGCUGCAAGAGGCACGCAGCACAGCCAGCAACCAGAGCAACGAUAGCUUCAAGUUGGACCAGAAGCGCGAGGAAAUGAAACGAUUGGAAAUGCAAAACUACGAUUUCACGCUUCAGCUGGAGGAGUCCAACAAGCAGAUCGAGCAGCUGAAAAGUUCGCAUCUGGAGCAGCACCGCCGGUUGGAGCAGAUCAAACAGACGGUACUGCAGUUCCACCGACCGGACAACGGUGACGAUAUCACACUGCUUGUACAAUUGAUUCGGAAAACUCUGCUGCUAUCCGAUUCCGACGAAAAUGGUGAACAUUUAGUACAGCAAAAUGGUACGCUCUCGCCUGGAAGUUGCACUGCUGGGGAGACAAAUGGUAGCACGCACCCGGACGGGGAUCAUACCGUGAAGGAAUUACUCAAAACCAUCGAACAGCUCGAGGAACACAUUCGCGCGCAUUCAUCGCAAGAGCAAACGCACGCCACGGAGAUGGCCAAAGUUCAGCUCACUCUGGAUGCGAAGAUUGCCAUCGUAUCGCAGUUGGAAGCGGAGGUUCUAGCGUGGAAGCACAAGUUUGAAACGCAGACCACCGAGUACGACGAGCUAUCGACCCAGAUGAUGGACCAAAUGCAGGAGAACGAAGUGCUGCGCAAGGACUUUAACAAGCUCCAAUCGGAAGCCGAAACCAAGUGCGAACAGCUUGCGGUGGAAGUCGCAAGUUUGCAAGAAGCGCUCGAGAAGAUCAAACGCGAAGCCGGUAUCGAGAAGUCGGAACUAGAACGAGUUGGCGAGUUGCUACGCGAGGAGAUUCACGAGUUGCAGUUGAUGGUUGAAAAGCAACAGUCCUUAGCUACGAGCGCCGAAACUGAGAAGGAACAGCUUCAGCGUAACUGCAACGCGGUGCAGUUGCUGCUGGAUGAAGCAUUGGCAAAGAAGGUAGAAUUGGAGACUGAAUGCAACCGAGUCGGUGCCGAGCAAACGGCUGCCUCUGUUGCUAACGAAAUUGAAGCGCUGCGGCAAGAGUUGGAAAAGCAAGGGACACUGUUAGCCGAGCAGCGAACGGAGAAGGAAUCGCUUGCGGAAGAAAAUACUCGCCUAACGGCACAAGUCGUCCAGCUGGAAAAGGAUCGCGAGGGAACAAAUCUGAGGAUCGAGGAACAUGCCAGAAUUGAACUGCAAAAGAACGAUCUUGAUGCACACGUGAAACGGCUGGAAGAAGAAAUUGAAGCCUACAGAACUGACCUCCAAUCUGCGCGAACCGAUCUCGAUCAGGAGCUACGCCUGAAGGACGCACAAGAAGAGUGCAUUAGCAAGCUUCAAAUUGAAGCAGAGCAAUGCCGUGCGGAACUGGUCUCUGUCAAGGAACAGAACACGGCUUUAGAAGAACAGCAAAAGCUAGCCAAGGACAAGUACGAAGACGCAGAAGCAAAGCUGUUGGAAGAAAUCGAAACGAUACGCGACCAAGUGGUCCGAUUGGCGGAAGAAAAAGCUGCCCUCGAAAAGCAACACUUGGAAUCCGUUGACGAGUGGAAGAAAGUGACCGAUGAGCACGCGCAAAAAACGGAACGCCAUACAGCGGACCUCACUGAGGCAGCGAAACAAUACGCGGCCCUGGAGGAAACACAAAGGGUGGAGAAAGAGAACUACGAAACGGUGCGUCAAAAGCUCUUGGGGGAACUCCAAAGUGCGGGCGCUGAAAUACAUCGACUGUCGGAGGAAAAAGAUGCCCUCCUGAAGCUACAGUCCGGUGAACAUGAAUCUCUCGUCCAACGAUUAGAGGAACUGAAGGGAGAAAGGAUGGCACUGGAAAAGCAAAUCGCCGAGAAAGAGGCGGAAAUUGCGAAACAAACAAUCGAGUUACAAGAUGUUCGAAAAAAGCAAGAGGAAUCAAUGGAAGAAUUCCGCCGGCAAUGUGGCAUCCAGCAUGAAGCAGCGAACCAAACGUUGGCGGAAGAGGUAGCCGAUCUGAAGCUAACGUUCGAUAGUUUAAAGCAGGAGAAGGAAAGUGCAGAGCGCCUGCACUCCGAGCGGGUGCAGGAACUGACCCAGUGCAAGGACCUGCUGCAUGGUCAGAUAGCCGAGCGGGAAGAGAACAUACUAAAGUACAUCGGUGAGCUUGAGGCGUUGCGCGCCGAACAGAUCCAGUUCGUUGCGCAGCAAAACGAAGCCCAUAAACUGCUCGAAGAUCGUAACGGAUCACUUGAACAGGAACUCGAAUCUCUGCAGCGCUCCGUUGACCAGCUAAUGGCAGAAAACGAAACCCUUCUGCGGGAGCAAAUGGAAUCGGAACGACUGGUCGGUCAGCUCGAGCGUGACCUCGAGACGGUCCGCGCUGAGCUGGAAAAGGUUCGCCAGGAUUUGGUGGAGGAAAAGCGACGCCACGAUGGUAGAGCCGAGUCGGAACGAGCACUGGCGCAGGCCACAAAGGAAGACAUAGAGCGCUUGAAUCGCUCGAUCGGCUCACUGGAGCACGAAAAGCGCCGUAUGAUCGAAGUGGAAUCGGAACUACGACAGGAGCUGGAGAAACAGACGGAACGCGCCCAGAAGUUUGAUGAUCGGUGCAAAGAACUUGACGCUGUCCGGGAGGAGCUACGCAAGGAAAACAGUGAUCUUACGAUCGCGGUGCAGCAACUAUCGGCCAAGUUCGUUAGCCUAGAGGAACAGAUGGUGAGCAGUGAAGCUGUUCAGCGCAAAACGAUCGGUACACUGGAACUGCAGAAAACGGCCCUUGAGGAGGAAAGAAAAUCCUUGCGACUCGAAUUGAGUGCGGCACAGGCGCAGCUCGACGAGCAUCGCCAAAAGGGGGACCUACUGUUGGGUGAGCUGGAGACAGAGAAAGCUACCCUGGCCGAGACACAGGCCGCGCGAUACAAACUGGAAGCGGACAUUGAGGAGUCGCUCGGCGUCCGGGACGCUCUGGAGCGUGAGCUGCAUGAGUUGAAGGCUGAUCGCGAGAGCCUUGACGCUAGGAUCGUCACCGAGGUGCGCCGGUGCGAGCAGGAACGUGAAGUAUCGGCCAAGCUCAAACGAGAGCUGGACGAGAAGCGAACGGAAUUGGAACGGCUUAUGUCCACCGGGCGACCGUCGCUCGGCGACGGCCGAGUGGCGCAGGCAUUGCGGCGCGAGAACGAAGAUCUUCUCCGGCAGCUGAACGAGGCACGCCAAGCGGAUGGGACGAAGGGCAAGCAGCUCCAGGAGCGGGUGGAUGAGCUGCAGCGCCUGGAAGUGGAAAUUACUCGGCUACGCGAUGAGAUGGCCUCCAUGCGGCACGAGGCAAGCUUCAACGAAAAGGUGGACGAAAUCACCGAGCUUCAACAGAAGGUGCAAGACGCGGAAAAGGGACGCGAAGAGAGCACCCAUCGGCAGCAGUCCCUCCAGCGGAUGUACGAUCAGUUGCAGUACAAAAAUCAAACCCUCUCGAAGCAAAUCGAUGAGCUGCGCCGGACGACGGACAAAGAUCGCAAAUCUCGUCGUCAGAGCACACACGACGAUCGCCGGGGGCUGGUGUUUAAUCAGAAGCAAGUGGGCACGAUGACGGACCCAACCUCCACCGACUGCAGCUGUCUCGAUAUGGCCGCACAAAUUAAGCAGCUCCGGGACGCGCUCACAAUCAAGGAAUGUCACCUCAAUACGCAGAAGCUAAUGAUGUCGGCGAACCCACUUAAGUUCGAGGUGGUGGAGCUGCGCCGCAAACUGGAUGAGUACACCCGGGACAGGGAGCAGGUGCAGCAGGAACUGAACGACGUCCUGGCGCAGCUGGAUAAGGAACGCAAAGAACGCAAACGGCAAUGUACGCAAUGCAUCCGCCACAGCCGGCAACAAAAUGCGCGCUGUGAUAAGGCCGUCCAAGUGUAUCAGAUGAGUAUCGCGUCGCCCCCGGGCACAGCCAAGAAAGCAACGUCCGCGGUGUCCGUAUCGAUUGUUUCGACCUCAACGGCGGGCGGUGGUAGCGAUGAGAGACGUGCGGCGGAGCUGGAAGUGCUUCAGAAGCGUUGCGAUGAGCAGCAGGAACAGUACGAUCAGUUGAUGGAAAAGUAUCAAAAGAUGAAGCAAUUGUGUCGCUUGCGCAACGAUCGGAUCGUCAGCCUGAGCAACGGGAUUGCGGAGAAGGAAAACGAGAGCGAAAACGCGAACCGCAGCAUACAGAACGAGUGUGUGAAACUCAAGCAGCAGCUGAAGGAAGCGGAAAGUAAAUAUGCACAAAUUAAUCGAAUACAGCAACUGGCGGGCGGAAGGUUAUCGACUGUGAAAUCCGACGUCGGUCUGCAGACAGAUAGUGAUGUGAGUACCUCUGAACUGAUGGAACUUUAUCGUACGAAGUACGAACGGUACAAAGCGAUAGCCGCGCGGCUGAUGGAGGAACGCGGUUCUUUGCGCCAGGCUGCCGUUCAGUGAAUACUUUCAACCGGCUGCCACGGAUCAUCGUAGGGAGAACGGUAUGAUUUGAUAGUCCAUUCGUCGACCAGCUACUGGUUUUCUAGUCCGGUUCGCAGAACGGAAGCAAUUGAGGUCUCUACUUAAACCGCAACACAGCCGUCCGUCCUGGCCCUAGUUUGCUCAUGUGGCGACGUAAUCUUGUCGUUUGUUAUUCGUUUCGUGGAGCUGCUGCUACUUUUGGGGAGGUACGCAGUCGCGUAAAGUCGUUUCUUGCAUUUAUGUGUUAAUAGUUGUCUGCAGCAGCACCCCCUGCACCAUCCACCAUGAGUUCCGGAUUCCUCAAGAAACUGAUAUUGUAUGUAGUACUUUGUAUGCUGGUGUGAUGAGCGUGUAA